UCCACUCUUAUUAUUGAGACUCCCCACAAAGCCUCUGCUCUCUUCGUUCCUUCUCCACCCCUCUCUCUGCGGAGUCUCCGGCCAAGCUCGUUACUUCCGGUUCAUGGUGCGCAAACACCUGCCUGAGUAGCCUACGUAGCUCGCGCGUUCAUUUCCGUGCGCACGUAUCGAAUCUAUUGACAUGCUUGUGGUCGAAGCCUUGAGAGGUUCCAAUGGUGAAGAACGAGAUGGGUCGUCGGACAAUUUCUCUAUUAACGGUGACUUCACCGGCGAAACUCUGCUCGAGGACAUCAACUUCAGCGACCUCUUCGCGGGAAUCGAUGACGGAGACAUGCUGCCGGGCCUUGAGCUGGACCCAGCGGAGACUUUUGCGGAGUUCUCGGUGGGAUGGGAGGAGGACUCGGGCUCACCGGCGGUGGCGGAGGCGACGGACGGGAUGCUUGGCGGAGUGACGCAGGAUACGGUGGUCUUGGACGGUGAGAAAUAUUUGAGUCAUGGCGAGGAAGUCACGAGUGAGACGACAGCAGAAGAUGCAGCGGCGAUGCCGUCUGAAGCGAGGUCAUCGACACCGGAUAAAGGUCAGGAGUCGUCAGUUGCGGCGGCGGCUGCGGCGAAGGGCUCACAGGGAAAGCGCAAAGCAAAAGUGGACUGGACGCCGGAUCUACACCGGAGAUUCGUGCAGGCGGUGGAGCAGCUGGGGAUCGACAAGGCGGUGCCGUCGAGGAUUCUGGAGCUGAUGGGGAUCGACUGCCUCACUCGUCACAAUGUUGCUAGCCAUCUGCAGAAGUAUCGUUCGCAUCGGAAGCAUGUGCUUGCGAGGGAGGCGGAGGCGGCGAGCUGGAGCCAGAGACGACAGAUGUACGCGACGGGCAUGGGGGUGAAGAGGGUCGACGUGAACCCGUGGCUCGCCUCCACCAUCGGCUUCCUUCCUCCUCCACCACCACCGCCACCACCACCAGUGCAGCCUUUUAGACCACUCCACGUAUGGGGGCACCCCACGCCGGAAGCACCGGUGCUCCACAUGUGGCCACGGCAUCUCUCGGCACGGUCUCCCACGCAACCGUGGGCUCCUCCUCAGCCACCUCUCCCACCACCACCUGAUCCUUCUUAUUGGCACCACCUCUACCAAAGCGGAAGCGGAGAAGGAUGGGUUCCGCAUACCAUGGCCAAAGGAGCUCCUUGCUUCCCCCAGCCAUUGCCGAUGGUGAGAUUCGAGGCUCCACCAGUCCCGGGCGUCGUUCCACGUCCGAUGUACAGAGCAGUUGCUCCUGCCAUGACCAAGCACCCGAGCUCGCAGCUUCAGCUUGAUGCUUCCCCUUCAAAAGAAAGCAUAGAUGCAGCUAUUGGAGAUGUUCUAGGGAAACCAUGGUUGCCAUUGCCUCUUGGAUUGAAGCCCCCUUCACUGGACGGUGUGUUGGUGGAACUGCAGAGGCAGGGAGUGUCGAAAGUGCCAUAGCGUGGAGUUCUUGAUCGAAUGCACCUGCAAACAAAAAUUUGCCGACACAUCAAUUUGUAGUUUCUAUUCUUGUGAAUAAAUCUUUUCUUUUCUUUUCUUUUCCUUCUCGAGUUGUCAUGAGCAAUGUUUCAAAGAUCUCUUAGUUUACGGCACAUUUUCUCUUUUUGCAUAACAUGUAUUAAGUAUACUAUAAUGAAAGGAUUGUUUUGGGGUGA